AUGCCGAUCCUUAACGGAAUGGCUGCAACCAAAGCAAUUCGCGAUAUCGAAUUCCAGAGGUCUGACUCCCGGAUUCCCAUUCUUGCGGUGUCUGCAUCUCUUCUUGAGCGAGAUGAGACCUCCUAUAUCGAUACUGGUUUUGAUGGCUGGGUCAUGAAACCGAUAGACUUUGCAAGGUUGAAGAUACUUUUGAAUGGUGUACGUGACCCAGAGGCUCGCAGAGGUCCCGAUGGAGAUCGAGAUUGGGAGAAGGGUGGGUGGUUUGUUCAAUAG